AUGCUGUUCUUCCGAGGUUCACGGGAUGACCGGUAUUGAACGGCGACGACCGUCGCUGACCGUUCGGGUUUUCAAAAGUGGGGUAUAUUCUAGCGGCAAAGUUGUAACGAAGCAUAUUCGGGGGAAUCGAUUUCCAGGGCAAAGGAAGAGCUCGGUUUGGAUGAAGCGCAAGGGCUUCAUCGCGGAAGGCGAUGUGACGCUGCUGCUCAAGAGGUAUGAUUCUAGCACGAUCCUGUCGCUGCUGUACGAGGUCUCCAAGCAAGCCGGCGGGCGCGUGAGCUGGGACGAGAUCGUCAAGGAUUCCAAUACCGGGAUCAAGAAUGCGCGCGAGUACCAGGCACUGUGGCGGCAUCUCGCCUAUCGCAAGGAGCUCGAUCCCGACGGAGAAGAGCUCCCUUUGGAGGACGAUGACAGUGAUCUGGAAUUCGAUGUCGAGGCUUUCCCGAGCGUCUCUUCGGAAGCAUCAGCUGAUGCUGCAAGCUAUGUCAAUGCUUUGAUGGGGUUCUCCACAGACAUAGCGUUUGCGAAUGCCGACUCGACUGCGUUGGGCCUCACGUCCAUAUAUCCUGGCUUUUCGAGCGCUCAAGCUGCGGGCUUGGAUUCAUACCGGACGAAGCGCAAGCCUUGGACGGCACAGGAGGACGAGGAGCUUGUUUCCGGCGUGGAAAAGUAUGGAGAGGGGAACUGGGCUGCCAUUGUCAAAAGCGUUUCCAAGCACGAGAGGACUGCGACACAGCUAGCGCAACGGUGGGCGCUGAUAAAGAGGCGACGCGAGACUGCUGCUCCUCCACCAGCUAUUGCAGCUCCAGCGAGACAGGGACCAGGACAACAGUGCGAACAAGGCCUGAAAAAGCCAAAGGUUCUUUCGGAGCUUUGUGAGCAGAACGGAAUCCCGGGGCUUCCCGUGCAUCCCGUGGUACCUCCGCCAACGAGUCUACAAAAGCAAUUACAAUCGACACAAGUGCGGACGGAAAAAGCAAGCGUUACGAUGCCGAGAAAGCUCACAUCUCCAACUCCAGCUGUUUGCCGGACAAGUUUACCGAGCCCGAGCACCACGCCAGCCAAGCCCAAGCCUACGGCUCCAGUGACUGCCAACGCUCAAAAGCUCUCGGUGGUGACAAACCAACAAGUUACGUGCGUUUCAUCGGUACAGGUCUCACCACCACCGUCGGUGUCACAGUCGUCAGCAGUGAAACCAAGUAAUCUAGCUCCAAGUAAUCUAGCUCGGACAAACUCCAUGCCCAACCGGGCUCUUCUGGGACCCGAUCCAAUGGUUCAAGCAGCAGCUGUUGCGGCUGGAGCACGGAUAGCUCCUGCGUCCGCCGCGGCAUCUUUCAUGAAGGCGAAAAAUGUGGUUCACAUCCGCCCGCCAACAAUACUCAGCUCACCGAGCACACCCAAGCCAAACAUGAAGAACAGCUCGGGAGGAAGAGCUUCUCCGGUUGUGCACUACAUCCGGACGGGUUCCGGCGCCCCGCCGCCGAUUCUGCCAUCCUUGAGCGCGAAGAGGUCAACGAAAGCAGCAUCAGCAGCGAAAAACUCCACCGCCAGCAAGCUGAACUUGAAGAACACCAUGAGCAGGCUGGCGGUGAACAGCAGCUCCAGGGACCAGGCAUUGGAAGCGAGCAAAAAGAGGAAGAUCAUCGUGGCAAGGGAGAACAAUGGGACGCUAAACAGCCAUGUCAGCUCGUGGUACGAGGUGCUGGAGGAGACGAGCGGCGGAGCCGAUACCAAGAGCUCGCCGCCGGCGACGAUGGCGGUGGUGGAUGUGGACUCGGAUACCGACGAGGUGACCGUGGGAAUGGGGGCAAUGGUUUGCACUUCGAGCAACGAGUCGUUCAGCCAGAGCGCUUUCGGUGGAGCAGUAACACCAAACGGCGCGUCUCCGCUCUCGCAGAGCUCGGGUGGCCUGUCGGAGUGAAAGCGAUGCCAAGGUUUUUGACAUGGAGGAGGCUCUUAGUUUCUAGUUUAGGUGGAUAGUAGAACACAGGAGGAAGGGAGGGCGACUGAAAAGCCACAGCUUUAACUUCAAACGAAGAGCAGCAGUGAUCAAGGCAAACAAAGUCCGUGUCCCAGAUCCGAUGCGCGGCUUUAAAAACGAAACGAUAAGGAUGAGAAACUCCCCGAGAAGAUGGGAUUUCUCUCACGCUCUCACAGCUCACUGUUCUCGAUUGGCAUUCCAACAGGGACAGGGUCAAGCAGCGGCGAUCAAACUUGUUGGAACCGCGCGUAAGAAAAAAAAAAAAGUGGAAGACGUGUUUCACUGCAGAACACACCACUCUUGCCAACCAGACGAUUGAUAUCUUAACGAAGUGGAGAUUACGGAGAUCCGCGGCAAGCGAAUCUCGCCGUUGAAUUGGUCACCGGCCGCCACGCGGCAGCCCCGCCACCGUCCAUCGCCACGUAGGUUCUGUUCCGAAAGCGACGGGCGUGACGGGCGCGUGACGGGGAGCUCUAGCGUCGCCCCCCUUCUCUCUCUUGCUCGCUUUUUUUUCCCUCCACGCGUGCGCCGCCCAAUGCUGGUAUUGGUAUAAAGCCAUCGCCACACCUCACAUUUUUUGGGGCAAAAUUGUUAGUGUUAGAGUAGCGGUUCUUCGCUUCUUCUCCGCGAAGAGCGUCUCACCGGUGAGAGAGAAGUGGGCUCGCGACUGGACAGGGCGACAGAGCGUCGAAUCGCGAGGAUCUGUGAAUUGGGUGCGUGCGGGCGGGCAGCAUCUCACUUGGGUCUCGCUCGAUUUCUCGAUUUCCAUGGCGCAGCAGGACGAUUACCAGCAGGCCGCCGCGGCGGAGGCGCCCGUGCCAUGCGCGAACAACUGCGGCUUCUUCGGCAACGGGACGACCAUGAAUCUGUGCUCCAAGUGCUACAGGGAUUCCGCCAAGAUGGCCAUGGCGGUGGAGAUCUCCAGCGGCGCGGCGCCAAUUCUUCCAUCCGGGUCGGCAAAGGCCCGAGCUUCGCCGGCGGCGGCGCCCAGGGAUUUGCCCCAAUCUUGCUGCGAGGGAUCGAGCGAGGGAUCGCGAGGAUCUUGCCCGCCCCCCGCCGCCCCAGACAGGUGCUCGUGCUGCCGGCGGAAGGUCGGGCUCAUGGGCGUGACGUGCCGCUGCGGCAAGGUGCUGUGCUUCCCCCAUCGAUACCCCAGCGAGCACGGCUGCGAGUUUGAUUUCCAGAGCCAGGGCCGGAUCGCCAUCGCCAAGGCCAACCCCGUGGUGAUCGCGAGCAAGAUCGACAAGAUUUGAUCGAGCCACCAUGGAAGAACUCCCAUCUUUUUCUUUCCUUUUAGUCUUUUCUUUCUCUUUUAGUGUUCGAUUGAUUGAUUCCUCUCUUCUCCUCCCAUUGGUUGUAGCAUAUUAAUACGAAUAGACGAUUCUUUUAUGAGUA